AUGUCGCUCGGUCAUCACGCCUGGCCCCCGGGCAAUAUUCGUCCUCCGGAUGAGCAUCAGGAUUCCCCGCGACCGGUCAAUGGCUUCGUCAAAACUUUGUCUGGCUCGCGAACACCUCAGACGCGCGGAUCUAUCAGCGCCGAUGGUCCAAUCCCUGGUAGUAUGACAUCGGAGCCUGAUAUCGCGGCCGAGGAGGACCCACGCGUGGCCCAUUUUCGCGACUUGUAUCGCAUCAGUGAAGCGAAAAUCGGCGCACUGUUCUCAGAGCGUUACACCGAGGAUGAUGUGGCCGGCGCCGUCGUUGCCGUCUACGACCAAUCUGAUACUCAGCCCGAACGCCCGCCUACCAAGCCCGCCCGAAAGCUUGACGACGACUAUGAUGAUUACGAUGAUGAAGAUGAGGACGCGGAUAUGCCUGAUUCGACGGAGUCCCCUCUGAAAGCAAAGUCCAUCCUGCCGUCGCAAGACACCACCGUCGCCGCGCUCCCGGCGCAACGUCCUGGCACCGCAGCUUCCAUCAAUGUUGACGGGAACAAGGAACAGAAGAAGGAGACGGCAGAGGACAUUCGAAAGAAACUCGAAGAAGAUAAGAAGGCUACGGAGGAAGCUGUCAAGCAUAGCUUCCACACUAUCUUCUACACUCUCGAGGAUGACCGCUAUGCGAUGCUGGACCAAAAGCGGCUUGAAGAGUCUGAGCGCCAGGUUGAAGCCGAGAUGGCUGGCCAAAACAGUGGCACUAAUAACACUUCUGGGGGCUCGAGCGGGCAUGGUACACUCAGCCAGACCAAUCUUGGUGCCUCUAGCUUAACAUUGAAGAACCUACUCGCUCGGAUCGAUCAGAAGCGCGAUAUGGUGGAAGCGUCUGAUGCUGAGCUUCGCAGUUUGAUCCGUGAGGUUCGCAAGAACCGCAGCAAGUGGUACAAUGAGGAUCGAAUUGGCCAGGAGGAGCUCUAUGAUGCCGCGGAGAAGGUUCUCACCGAACUGAAAGCCAUGACCGAGAAUUCGGGUCCGUUUUUGAACAAAGUCAACAAGCGCGAUGUGCCUGAUUAUCACCAAAUCAUUCGGCACCCAAUGGACCUUGGAACAAUGACCAAGAAGCUCAAGGCACUUACUUACAGGUCGAAGCAAGAUUUCGUGGAUGAUAUCAACCUUAUCUGGGCGAAUUGUCUCAAGUACAACACCGACCCAAAUCAUCCCUUGCGGAGAAAGGCUGUGAUUAUGCGGAAAGAGACCGACAAGCUUGUGCCUCUCAUUCCGGAUAUCGUCGUUCGGGACCGUGCCGAGGUUGAAGCUGAGGAACGUCGCAUGCAGCUUGCAGAGCUCGAUGAUGGGGGUGAGGAGAGUGACGACGAACCCAUCAUGUCCUCUCGAGGUCGGAAGGCCCCCGGUAAAACCUCCCAGAAAGGUACUGCUCCUUCUCGCAGUACCCCUAGUGGCUCUGAAGGCCCUACGGGUGCAUCUUCCAGUCAGCCACCAGGUCCAGUUCGUGCCGACUCCGAUACGGCCAUGGAAGCAAGCCAGAACGGCUUCUCGACCCCGCCUCCUGGAUUUAAUACUCCUUCUGAUCCUGCUGGGGCUGUCGCAGGUGCUGCGGCAAGCCAGUUGGGUGACGCUAUGGAAAUCGAUGGCCCGACAAUGGAUAUUACUGCUCUGAGUGCCCUCUCGGUGCCCGGUCUUGAACUCGAAGAUCCCGAGUACAGGGUGUGGAAGCAAGUUACCAAGAAAGAUCGAGCUCUAAUCGCUGCCGAGAGACAUCGCCUUCUGAAGGGCGACAAGCUCAACCCUGACGAGCCGGCUCUGCUCCGAACCAAGGCCGGCAUGCGUCGCUGGCUGCGACACGAGAAACAAGCCGCCAGUGAGGGCGAGAAGACUCAGGAUGCUGGUGCCCAGGUGAUGGAGCCCGAAGCUGCCGGUGAAUCGCUCGCGGAGGGUAUCGAAGUUGAGGAGGACAAGAUGCUCCCUUAUUACUACGACGUCAUGCAUGGUGUACCAGACCUCCCAUCUCGUCUCGCGUGGAAGGAAGAUUCCGAGGGAAACAUUGUUGACACCUCUGAGGAGUUCCUACGGGUUCUUCCACCGAGAAGUUUCAUUCAGCCCGAUAGCAAACUGUCCCGCAAGAUGGACUCCAACAUGCGGCAGAUGCAGGACACUCGCAAGAUUUGCUCUAAGAUUGGCAUCGUGAAGCAGAUGCAGCUCCAAGCUCAGAUGUACGCGAACCAAUUCCAAAAGUACAAUCCCGAGCCAUUUGUCGAACAGGAUAUUCCACCUCACGUCAUGAACGAUAACGGCCCUAUCAUGGCAUCAGGAGUAUGCCGAGCGGCGCUGCAGCGAUCGGUCGCCAAAAUCUUCUACCACACUGGUUUCGAGGAGUAUCAGCCCUCAGCUAUUGAGGUCGCUACUGAUAUCGCCGCCGAUUACUUCCACAAGAUCGGCCAGACUAUCAAGUCGUACAUGGAGACUCCAAAGGUCCCCGUCACUGAGACUGAGGACGCUUCGUCGUCUGCCGAGUGGAAGGCCGCGUACAGUGAGCCUGAGAUCGUUCUUCACACUCUUGCUGCCGUCGGUAUGGACAUUGAAGAGCUCGAGCUCUAUAUCAAGGACGACGUUGAACGGCUUGGCACCAAGCUCACGUCGGCUCAUGAUCGCCUCAAGUAUCUCUUCACUGAGCUGCUGCGCCCAGCUCUGACCGAUGUGGGUGAGGAUGGUUCCAAGGCCUUUGCCGAUGGCAGCGACCAAUUCGUUACCGGAACGUUUGCGGAUGACAUCAACGACGAUUUCCUUGGUUUCAAGGAACUCGGCUUGGAUGUCGAGUUUGGCAUUGCCUUCAAUAGCGUGCCGCUGCAUUUGCUGCCGAGUCGCAUGUUCAACGCGGCACAGGCGCAAAACACCACCGCAAUCCAGACUGAGGACUCCUUCGCACCACCUCCUCCUUAUGCUCGGAUCAGCACUGAAAACGUCGGCAAUCAAAUUGGGCUGGUCCAGCAAUUCCUCAAGGGCAAGCUGGACGCCAAUAGUGACGAGCCGCUCGUUGAAGAUCUCGAGUUGCCCCUCAAGCAGAGACCCAUGCCUCCCAAGACUCGCCUUCCCGCAUCUGGCAAGAUCCCUCCCCCGGCUGGUGUCUCUGGAAACACUUCGAGCCCGCAGAAACGCCCUGCGCCGCCAAACGCCGCCAUCGCCAAGGCCGGCCCGUCCGAGCCGAGCAAGAAAAAGGCCAAGAAGAACAGUGGCGUGGCGCUUGAGAUGCCGAGCUUCACCGAGGGCGACGCAGACCAGAUGGACGCUGGUGAUUCAAAAGAUCUUAUCUCAGAUCUGAAGGGCAUGGACGACGCCAAUAUGCCUGACGGCGAGGCCAGCACCGGUCAGCAAGAUCAGGCGAGUAUUCCCAUGACCAAUGGGACUACCGCAUGA